UAUCGACCCGUGUGUGUUUUGUGUGUGUGUGCAGAGGAUGGGCGUCCUGAAUGUGGGUCAGCGGAUUGAGGAGCAGGCUGAGUUUGAGAAGAUCUACAAGAACGCAUGGGCUGACAAUGCCAAUGCAUGCGCUGUACAGUACGCAGGGACCGGAGCUCUGAAAACAGACUUCACCAGGACGGGGAAGAGGACCAGGCUGGGGCUGCUGAUGGACGGCUGGAACUCCAUGAUCCGCUACUACAAGAACAACUUCUCUGAUGGAUUCAGACAGGACUCCAUUGACCUCUUUCUGGGUAACUUUGCUGUGGAUGAGUCUGAUGGACCCACUCCUCUCCGUGUGCAGAAGGACUGGAAGUUCCUCACGCUGCCCAUCGUCAUGCUGGUGGCCUUCUCCAUGUGCAUCGUCUGUCUGCUCAUGGCGGGUAAGUUCCUCUCACUCAUAUCAUCUGAAUCAAUUCAACUAUAG